AUGGCGUCGAACGAGGAAGAGAUUAAGAAGACGCAAGAUGAACGCAAGAAGAUGGAACAACAACUCGCAUCUCUCACUUCACUCAACUUCGACACCGAUCUUUACGGCGCAAGCGAUAAAGAUUCAUACAACACUUCAAUUCCCGCUAACGAAGACGAAGAAAUUCUUGAACCAAUCGGUAAUGAAGCUCCUCGCAGAAUAGCUUCAAUCACCGGCCCUAAAUCUCACUUCAUCGACAUGCCGUCCGCCGACAACGACGGUGUCGGUGGAGGUGACGGUUUUCGUAAGCCGCAGAGCAUUAUUGAUAGGGAAGAUGAGUACCGGAGACGUAGGUUGAAUCAGCUUCUUUCGCCGGAUAGACAUGAUGCUUUUGCGGCGGGAGAGAAGACGCCGGAUCCGUCUGCGAGGACUUAUGCUGAUAUUAUGAGAGAGGAAGCGUUGAAGAGGGAGAAGGAGGAGACAUUGAGGGCGAUUUCGAAAAAGAAGAAGGAAGAGGAAGAGGCUGCGAAAGGUGCUCCGGAGAAGUCUGAACAGCAACAGCAGAAGAGGAGGAAUAGAUGGGAUCAAUCUCAGGAUGAAGGUGGUGUUAAGAAAGCUAAAACUUCUGAUUGGGAUGCUCCCGAUUUGACAACACCGGGACGGUGGGAUGCAACUCCGACUCCCGGUAGAGUUAUUGACGCAACUCCCGGGAGGAGGAAUAGGUGGGAUGAAACUCCGACGCCUGGUAGGUUGGUGGAUUCUGAUGCUACUCCUGGUGGUGGUGCUACACCUGGUGCAACUGCUUGGGAUGCUACUCCUAAGCUUUCUGGGAUGGCUACUCCGACUCCUAAGAGACAAAGAUCAAGGUGGGAUGAAACGCCUGCUACUAUGGGAAGUGCAACUCCGUUACCUGGUGCUACACCUGCUGCUUCUUAUACACCUGGUGUGACUCCUGUUGGUGGUGUUGAAUUGGCUACUCCUACUCCUGGUGCUUUACAAGGUUCGUUUACGCCUGAGCAGUAUAAUCUGUUGAGGUGGGAGAGGGAUAUUGAAGAAAGGAAUCGUCCGUUGACUGAUGAAGAGCUUGAUGCUAUGUUUCCACAAGAAGGGUAUAAGGUUUUGGAUCCUCCAGCGUCUUAUGUGCCCAUUAGAACACCUGCAAGGAAGCUUCUUGCUACUCCUACUCCGAUGGGGACUCCGCUUUAUCAGAUUCCUGAAGAGAAUCGCGGACAGCAGUUUGAUGUUCCCAAGGAAGCUCCUGGUGGUUUGCCUUUCAUGAAACCUGAAGAUUAUCAGUAUUUUGGGGCUUUGUUGAAUGAAGAAAAUGAAGAGGAAUUGUCUCCGGAUGAGCAGAAAGAGAGGAAGAUUAUGAAGCUUCUGCUUAAAGUGAAGAACGGCUCGCCACCACAGAGGAAAACGGCUUUGAGGCAGUUAACUGAUAAGGCUCGUGAAUUUGGUGCUGGACCUUUGUUUAACAGAAUUCUGCCGUUGCUCAUGCAGCCUACUUUGGAGGACCAGGAGAGGCAUCUUUUGGUCAAGGUAAUUGAUAGAGUUCUUUAUAAAUUGGAUGAAUUGGUUCGCCCUUAUGUGCAUAAGGUUCUUGUUGUUAUUGAGCCCCUUUUGAUUGACGAAGACUACUAUGCUCGUGUUGAAGGGAGGGAAAUAAUAUCUAAUCUCAGUAAAGCUGCUGGGCUGGCCACUAUGAUUGCUGCCAUGAGGCCUGACAUAGAUAACAUUGAUGAAUAUGUUAGGAACACUACUGCUAGGGCUUUCAGUGUUGUUGCAUCUGCUCUUGGUAUUCCUGCUUUGUUGCCUUUCUUGAAAGCUGUUUGUCAGAGUAAGAAAUCUUGGCAAGCUCGGCACACUGGGAUUAAGAUUGUGCAGCAGAUUGCCAUUUUAAUUGGUUGUGCUGUGUUGCCCCAUUUGAGAUCUCUUGUGGAGAUUAUAGAGCAUGGUCUGAGUGAUGAGAAUCAGAAGGUGAGGACAAUCACUGCAUUGUCUCUUGCCGCUCUUGCUGAGGCAUCUGCUCCUUAUGGUAUUGAAAGUUUUGACUCGGUGUUGAAGCCAUUGUGGAAGGGUAUUAGGCAACACCGUGGUAAGGUGCUGGCUGCAUUUUUGAAAGCAAUUGGGUUUAUCAUCCCGCUGAUGGAAGCCUUAUAUGCCAGCUAUUAUACUAAGGAAGUCAUGCUUAUUCUGAUUCGGGAGUUCCAGUCACCCGAUGAAGAAAUGAAGAAAAUUGUUUUGAAAGUGGUGAAGCAGUGUGUGAGCACCGAGGGUGUGGAAGCUGAGUAUAUUAGAACUGAUAUCCUCCCCGAGUUUUUCAGAAACUUCUGGGUUAGGAGGAUGGCUUUGGAUAGAAGAAACUACAAGCAACUUGUGGAGACGACGGUUGAGAUAGCGAACAAGGUCGGUGUUGCAGAUAUUGUUGGAAGAGUUGUUGAAGAUCUUAAAGAUGAGAGUGAACCUUACAGGCGAAUGGUCAUGGAAACUAUUGAGAAGGUGGUCACUAACUUGGGAUCAUCUGAUAUAGAUGCACGGUUGGAAGAGCUUUUGAUUGAUGGUAUUCUCUAUGCCUUCCAAGAACAGACAAGUGAUGAUGCUAAUGUGAUGCUUAAUGGGUUCGGCGCGGUUGUAAACUCACUUGGCCAGAGAGUAAAACCAUAUCUUCCUCAGAUUUGUGGUACCAUCAAGUGGAGGUUAAACAAUAAGAGUGCGAAGGUGAGGCAGCAAGCAGCAGACCUUAUUUCCAGGAUUGCCGUUGUCAUGAAGCAGUGCCACGAGGAACAACUGAUGGGUCAUCUUGGUGUUGUCUUGUAUGAGUAUCUUGGAGAAGAGUAUCCGGAAGUUCUAGGUUCAAUUUUGGGUGCUCUCAAGUCAAUUGUCAAUGUUAUUGGAAUGACGAAGAUGACUCCACCUAUUAAAGAUUUGCUUCCCAGGUUAACUCCAAUUUUGAAGAACAGACAUGAAAAAGUCCAGGAGAACUGUAUUGACCUUGUUGGUAGGAUUGCUGAUCGUGGGGCUGAGUUUGUACCCGCCCGAGAAUGGAUGAGGAUCUGUUUUGAGCUUCUUGAGAUGCUUAAGGCACACAAGAAGGGAAUUCGUAGAGCUACGGUGAACACUUUUGGAUAUAUAGCGAAAGCCAUCGGACCACAGGAUGUCUUGGCAACUCUAUUGAAUAAUCUCAAGGUGCAGGAGAGGCAGAAUCGUGUAUGCACUACUGUGGCCAUUGCAAUAGUUGCAGAAACAUGUUCCCCCUUCACAGUUUUGCCAGCAUUGAUGAAUGAGUACCGUGUGCCAGAGCUUAAUGUGCAAAAUGGAGUUCUCAAGUCUCUCUCCUUCCUCUUUGAGUAUAUUGGUGAAAUGGGAAAGGACUACAUCUAUGCUGUGACUCCUUUGCUCGAGGAUGCUCUUAUGGACAGGGAUUUGGUUCAUAGGCAGACAGCUGCAUCUGCCGUGAAGCACAUGGCACUGGGAGUGGCUGGUUUGGGUUGUGAGGAUGCGCUGGUCCAUCUGCUGAACUAUGUUUGGCCAAACAUAUUUGAAACUUCUCCACAUGUGAUAAAUGCUGUGAUGGAAGCCAUUGAAGGGAUGAGGGUAGCUUUGGGUGCCGCCGUUGUUCUUAAUUACUGUCUCCAAGGGCUGUUCCACCCUGCCCGAAAAGUUAGAGAGGUGUAUUGGAAGAUUUAUAACUCACUAUAUAUUGGAGCUCAGGAUGCUCUUGUUGCAGCAUACCCUUCUCUAGAGGAUGAGCACAACAAUGUCUACAAAAGAUCGGAGUUGAUGAUGUUUAUUUAG